AUGGCUUCAUCGUUUUCCCGUCUUGUGCGCUUCGUGCCCAAAUCGAAUCCUUCCAAGAUCUUCAUUGGAGAGCCCGUCGACGCCAACGUUGAUGUUGGUUUGGCUCUUUAUGAUGGCAAGGAUGUCCACGUAAAACGAUUCACCGGUUCUUCUAUUCUUGCUCCAGGCCAGGCCACGGAAGAUGUUGAGAGCAUCAAGACUGUGCUUUCGCCAUUGGCACGGGAAGAAGUUGGCACCAUUCGAUGCAUUGGCUUGAACUACGUCUCGCACGCCAAAGAAAUGAACCUCGCCAUUCCUGAUCUACCCACAGUCUUCCUCAAACCUUCCACGGCCCUGGGAAAUCCAUGGCCAGAGCCCUGUCUCCUCCCCAAGAUUACUCAAAAGGACAACACCGGCGAUUACGAGUCUGAAUUAGCCGUCAUUAUCGGCAAGACGGCAAAGAAUGUCUCCCAAGAGGAUGCUCUGGAUUACGUCCUUGGAUAUACCACUGCAAACGACGUUUCAAGUCGAACCUCACAGACUAACCAGAGUCAGUGGUGUUUCUCCAAGGGAUUUGAUGGAGCUUGCCCAUUGGGACCCGUCGUCGCAUCGACCUCUAUUAUCCCAGAUCCGGCGAAACUGAAGAUCAAGGGAUCCCUGAACGGCAACGUGGUCCAAAGCUGCGGUCUCACAGACAUGAUCUUCACCGUCCCACAGCUCAUCAGCUUCCUUUCCCAAGGCACAACCCUCCCCGCCGGCACAGUCAUCAUCACUGGAACCCCUCCAGGUGUCGGUGCAGCAAAGAAGCCUUCACCACAGUUCAUCAAGGAGGGCGACGAGUUCCGUGUUUCGUUGGAACCGCAUAUUGGAACAUUGAUUACCCAGUUCAAGAAUGAGUAA